AUGUUCACAUCAGUCAUCUAGAGAAGACUUGUUAAGUAAUUAUUGGCUAAAAACCCAGCUUCCUUCGUUCAAGCCUCUAGAAAUUUCUCAGCUCUACUCGUUCCAAUUACUCCCCACCUUUCAUUGCCUGCUGAUGUAUUCAACUCGCCAUUGACUGAGCAGCACUACGCUUAAUUAUAGAAAGAAUUCGAGCAAUUCAACCUAUAAUGUGCAGAGGAAUUGAAGGAGAUGAAUCAAAACAGAAUCACCAACAUCAUCGAGAGAGGUGGAGUUGAAGGAUGGGAUACCGCUGAGGAUCUAGCUUAUCUUAGAAAGUCAUUUGAAUUCCAUACCUUUGAACAAGCUCAAGCCUUUGUACAAAGAGUUGGCAGAUUCGCUAAUUAAAAAGAUCACCACCCAGAAUGGUCCACUUCACAAGGAGGUAGAGUUGUGACUGCCAACCUCACUAGUCACUUCGCUGGAAACAAGGUUACUCUAUUCGAUUUCCAACUUGCAGAAUAAAUGAAUAAGGAUUACAAGAUAACACACAGAAUGUUCAGAUAAUACCCUCUACUCUCCUCAAGGUAAUGGUCAACAAUAUAAAUUGGUUUCACUACAUACGUUAUCCUUGGCUUCGUGUUGUUUAUUGGCAUGACUAUGUAUAUCCCAGCCAUCAAUGAAAGGAGUGAGGAAAACCAAGUUAACCAUCACACUCUUGUGCUUGGUUAAUUCGAUAUGAGCGAAGCACUUAAGCUUAAAAAUGAUGAGGAACUUGCAGCUUUUGUUGAAAAGAAUACAGAUGAUUUCACUCUCAAGAACGCAACGUUCAAGCCAUUAGGUUACUUCUGA